GUCCUGUCAAAUUUCCGAAAUAAAUAAGAUUUUGUAAACAAAUAUUGUUAGAUCAAUAAAAUAAAGGUUUACUCCGUUCAUUAAGGUAAUUUAAAUGGCUUAUUUUCACUACAGAUGUGGUGAAAGAAUAACUUUAUCUAAUGAAAACUGCACAGCCGAAAGAAAUGACAGUGAUUUUGAUCAUGGAUUGGUUAUAACAGCAGAACCCCUGCAAAAUGAUGUUUUAUUCGAGAUAAAAAUUGAUAGAAAGGUCAAUUCCUGGUCAGGAGGCUUAGAGAUAGGCGUUGUUGAAUGCGAUAUAUCAAACUUUGAGUUUCCUUCAUGUGCUGCAAGAAUUUCUAGAGGAUGGAUUAUGUCGUCUACAUCUGUUUUCCAUAAUGGCGAAUGUCUCAUAGAAGGUUAUGGAACCGAUUUAGUGAAGUUAAAUCAAGAUGAUAGAGUUGGUUUAAUGAGAACUGCAGAAGGGGACUUAAUUUUUUAUAUAAAUGGGGAAUCUCAGGGAGUAGCUGCUGAAGGUCUUCCAAGAAAUGUCUAUGGUAUUGUAGACCUUUAUGGAAAAUGUGUACAAGUUACAAUAACCAGCCCUCUAUUUCGAGAACAUAACAAUGAUGACUGUCUGAGUGGUAGCUCUAUGUUAGCUAUAGAUAAUGAUAUUUUAAAUGUUACAUUAGGAGGAGAUUUAAGUGAACUCAGUUUGAGUAGUAGUAACAGUUUGGAUAUAAGGAUGGACAUGAAUGUUAGUUUAAGUUUGCCAGAAGAAAGUCCUAGACAGGAUAGACUUCGCUUUCAUGAUAAGUGUGGAUCUCUUGUUAAAUUAUCAAACGGAAAUAGAACUGCAGAAAGAAGACGACCAUUAGAUGAAUUUAAUAAUGCUGUGGUUAUGACACACAGAGCUUUGAGGGAUUCAGAGCUCUUUGAAAUUCGUAUAGACCGUUUGGUUGACAAAUGGAGUGGUAGUAUUGAGAUGGGAAUUACCACUCAUAAUCCAUCCACAUUGGUUUUUCCUGCUACUAUGACUAAUUUGAGAAGUGGAACAAUUAUGAUGUCUGGCUGUGGAAUAUUAACAAAUGGAAAAGGUACUAGAAGAGAAUAUGGUGACUAUAAUUUGGACGAAUUGAGUGAAGGAGAUAGAGUAGGGAUGAUGCGUAAACCAAAUGGUGAUUUGCAUUAUUUCAUUAAUGGUUUGGAUCAGGGUAUAGCUGCUCAAAGAGUUCCUCCUGUGGUAUGGGGAGUGAUAGAUUUGUAUGGAAUGACAAUUAAGGUAUCAAUAGUGGAGAGGGAUGAACGAGAGGAACAAAACCUCAUGACCCGAAAAAACACAAGAGAUCAACAAAUUCUUCUCCCGGAACCUCACCCUUUACCCGACUAUUAUGAACAUCUUACUUUCCAUCCUAACUGUGGAGCACAUGCCUCAGUGAUAAAUAAUGGACGAACAGCUCACAGACCUAAUGCUGUUGAUGAUUUCAACAAUGGUGUUGUUUUGACAUCUCGACAGUUGAAAGUCGGCGAACUGUUUGAGGUUAGAUUGGAUAGAAUGAAUACAAAGUGGGCAGGUAGCAUCGAGAUAGGUGUUACUACACACAGUCCUUCGGAUCUCGAAUUUCCUUUCACAAUGACAAAUGUGAGAUCAGGGACUUGGAUGAUGACAGGAAGUGGAAUAAUGCACAAUGGAACAAUAGUGCUGGAACAGUAUGGUGUGAAUUUAGAUCGGUUACAAGUUGGUGAUAGGGUAGGUGUAUCUAGAAAAGAAAAUGGUUGUUUGCACUUUUUUGUGAAUGGAAACGACCAAGGCAUAGCUGCUACAAAUGUUCCGGAAAAAAUAUUUGGUGUUAUAGAUCUAUAUGGACAAGCUGUCGAAGCAUCCAUUGUCGACAUAUAUGAUUAUGGUUCUCCUGAUACGUUGAAUUCUAGUAUUUCAAAUACCACAAUUUAUAGUGAUCUACGUUUUCAUCAUGUUCAUGGAAAAAAUGCUAGAAUUGUGAACAAUGGAUUAACGGCACUCCGUCCAAGGCAUUUAGCGGAAUUCAAUGAUGCCAUAGUUUUUUCAAAUCGACCUCUAAGAGAUGAUGAGUUAUUUGAAAUUUGCAUUGAUAAUAUUGUUGAUAGGUGGUCAGGAAGUAUUGAAUUGGGAGUAACUGCCAUUAGACCUGAUGAUCUGGAGCUUCCUAGCACAGCCACCGAUUUAAGCAGAGACACCUGGCUUCUCAGUGGUUCAUCCAUUAUGGAGAAUGGAAAGACGGUGAAAAAUAACUAUCCCUGCGAUUUGGAUGCUAUAGGUUCAGGAAUAACACUUGGAGUAAUGCGAACAUCUGAUAAAAAAUUGAUAUUUUAUCGAAAUGGGGUUCCCCAAGGGGAAGCUUGCACUGUUACACCUCCCACUCUAUUUGCCGUGGUUGAUUUAUAUGGACAGUGUUCUCAGGUUAGCAUACCUUGUGCAUCGCCGGUAGCUCCUUUGGCUUCAACAGCCCAAGACAUCUGUCCGAGAUCUGAUACUUCAGCUUCUCUCCAGGCCAUAAAUUAUCUCCAACAACCAGUUGAAACAGAUCUCCAUCAUUUUUCAGAGUGUCACGAUAAAAAUGUAUCUCUGGGUGAUAAUAACAGGCUCGCGACUAGAACAAAAGAUUGUUGCAACUGUAUUGUAUUCAGCGCCACACCCCUAGUACAAGAUGAACUAUAUGAGGUAUCAAUAGUGAACCUCUUACCUCACUUUGCUGGAACAUUGUGCGUUGGAGUGACCUCUGUGUCACCGGCAGCUAUAACUAAUUUACCAAAAGAUUGCUGUUAUAUAACAGGAAAUGAACUGAAGUACAAAAACAAACUUAUUCAGCUUUUCUCCCCAAGUUUGAACUGGUUGAAUGUUGGUGAUCAUAUUGGUCUUUUGAAAACCCAAGAUAACAUAAGGAUAUUCCUCAAUGGGGAAGAGAUUUAUCUCCAAAUGCCUCAGCUUACUGACCCACUUUAUGUUGUUUUCAAUUUACGUGGUUCCUGUUCAGCAAUUGCUGUUGUUAGUCAUAAAAUUUCUGCACCCCUAAACACACUGAAACUUCAAGACAGCCUUGAGCUGAAUGUUGAUCCGUCACAGAGUAGUGGCAAUACCAUAGAGUUAAAGGAAAAUGGGACGGAUUUGAAAACUGAGAUUUCUUACGAAUUCCAUGACAAUCACGGAAGGAAUAUCGAACUGUUGAAUGGGAAGACUUCAGCCAGAAGAGUAGCUUCAUAUAAUCAAGGAAUAGUUAUUGUGCAACCUUCACUGAACUAUAAUUCUAUCGUGAAAGUAACUAUCGAACAGAUCGAUACCAAAUGGCAGUCCUCUUUGAUCGUGGGUUUGGCCAGUGGUACUCCAGAAAAGCUAAAUUUGCUUUCAAAUGCUCUAUGUUUAAAAACACCCUGUUGUAUAGUGGCUAAUGAUUGGAUAUUCAUCAAUGGAACAAAAACUAGAUCAAAUUUUGGUCAAUGCCUGAACAAUCUAAAAGUCGGUGAUGUGGUUUCAGUGGGACUCAAUGAAAUGGGCCAUUUUAAAUUGAUAGUUAAUGAUGAGGAAGAAUCACUGCCUUGUAUUUUUCCAAAUGGACAACCAAUACAUGCAGUAUUUGACUUAUAUGGACAGUGUAAUCAAAUCAAAAUAUUCAAUGUUGAAGUGCAAUCUAAUACAUUACCAAAGACGGUGGACUGCGAGAAAGCCGAUUUAGAAAACUGCGAGAAAGAAAGGUCUGACAAUAAUAUGAAUCUGCCAAUUGCAUCAGCCAGUGUAAAUAAUAUAGUAACAACGGUACCGAGAAGUCAACCUUCUAGUCCCUUGAAAAAUAUCAAAUGCAUUUAUAAGGAGGAAUGUGAAAAGUUUCGAAGGAGGAUUCUUUUGCCAGAUAAUUUCUUCUUAUUAGAGGAAGCUGUAUGUUAUUGUCAGAAUUGCUAUAGGUUGAGAAUACCAACUGGGGAAAAAGACGACAGCAUCAUUGGUUGGGUAAAGUUUCCCCUGUGCAGCCUUACCAACAUUCCCGCUGAUAAAUGGCAUACGGCCUACUAUCCAACCAAAUUGGGCAACAUUAGAACAAUAUUGGAAAAGGGGCAGCCCCUUACCAAAGGACAAGCUCAAUGGGGCAGUCUCGUUUGUCAAAAAGAAGAUGACGUGCAAGUUGUGUUUUAUCCUUCCAUGCAGAGUUUCUACAUUCCAGGCCAUAGUAUAGGUAAUAAAUUGGCAUAUGCCGCUUUUCAGCUACUAGUCAAACCAGGUGCUUACUCUAUCAAUCGAGAGCCCGCUGAAUGGAAUACUAAAGAAACUGGUGCUAUCAAAUUACAAUGUUUAUUGAUUAGACUUGCGGCGUAAAAAUUUACGAUGAAGGAUAUGAAGAUAUAUUUAAAUUCCUGUUGAUUUUACUCAGUAAUGAGUUUUCCCUACUAUAUUAGGAUCUAGUUGAAACAUGAUACUGGAAGCAGUACCAUCUUGCAAAGAUUGCUUUCUGUGUUUAGGUUUCAAGAAUAGAAUGAAAAUAUUAUGUGUAAAAACUCCACAUGUCCAUAUAGAGGAUAAUCAGAAUGAUUUGUUUUCUCAAAUUUGUACUGUGAUAAUAAAUGUAAAAAAAAUU